AUGAGUGGAAGCAACAGUAGUGCGGGAUUCGGUGGCGCAGCUGGCGCGAACGGAGGCGGCUCCGGCGGGGGAGCAGGCGGCGGAAGCGGGCCUUGCGGGGCGUGCAAGUUCCUGCGGCGGAAGUGCGUGAGCGGGUGCAUAUUCGCGCCCUACUUCGACUCGGAGCAGGGAGCUGCGCACUUUGCGGCGGUGCACAAGGUCUUUGGCGCCAGCAACGCUUCCAAGCUCCUCCUACACAUUCCCGCCCAUAAGCGGCUCGACGCCGUCGUCACCAUCUGCUACGAGGCCCAGGCGCGCCUCCGUGACCCCGUCUAUGGCUGCGUCGCCCACAUCUUCGCCCUCCAGCAACAGGUACCCCUCCCCACGCCGUCAAUCAUUUACCCCCAUGGAGAACUGUACCCUCUCUGUAAGAAGAACCGAAGUUAGUGUCCUACGGAUUUGUAGGCUUAAUUUUUCUUGAUCUUAUUCAGGUUAUAUGUACCAAAGAUUUGACAUCACUCUUUAAGGAUCUGUUCACGUUGGAGUCGGAGGGACCUCUUCCGUAGGAACCCUAAAAGAUAAUCACUUGAAUUUUAACGACCUUUCAGAUUCUUCUUGUUUCCUGCUGACCUCUUUCCAGUCGAUCUUUACACCACAGCUUCUUUCCACUUCUGGUUUCUGCUGAGUAUAAUCCAUGGCCGGUUUGCUUAGUCUUCGAUUCGUGGGUCCGAUUCUUUUUCAUCUGGAACUAGAUAUCACCGUUUUCAAAGACAUGCUCUCGGAGUCGGGAAGAAACUUCCUCUACGGGAACCCUAGAUGGUAGAGGGUUGAAUCUUGACAUGGAUAGGGUUCUUCGGGAUUCCUUCUUGGAACUUCUUUCCCAGUCGCCACUUCAUCUCUGUUGUUCUCGAAGGCUUCCUUUGCUUUCGUUGCUCCGUUAUCCUCUAUAUCUGGAUUAUCCACCAGUUGAAAGAACUGCAUUUAUGUACUCUAGGAAAGAAGCCUGCCUUCAACCCCGGAGAGAAAAAAUGAGGGUUUCAAGGGUAUGCCCAGGCUGGUAUGACCUCUUGAAGUCGGAUAAGUUUGAACGAAUGGUCGAGGUGGAUCGCCAUGAAGGUGGAUUCUUCUUCUCUUCCCCCGGGAAGAGACCGAGCAUCUGACAGAGAACCGCCCGCCCCUUCUUCUCUCCUUUAUUUUAUACAGCUUUUAGGGUUUCGAUCAUUUGAGUCUUCGUGGCCUUGCUCGGCAUGUGGGAGUGUACCUAGAAACGUUCAAGCCUGAAUUUUCUCUGAGUGAACUUGGACCGUGCAGAAGAUACUGCAUGAACGGAAGGAUCAAUCGCAUUUAAUCCGGGCACGCCCAUGUAAUACAACCAUAAUUUCUUUUUCUCACAACCAACUCAAGUCUCCUUUUUCAAGAAUCUGAACCCCUCCUGAUGAACUCAAUUCGUGAUACAUCGGAAACUAGACAGAAGCAACCCGGUAAGUGUGAGAGAUCAUCUCGAGCGGCGGCGAGCGUGUAUGUGGUUCGAGGCUGAACUGCUGCGAGUUCUGAAUAAAUGAAUGGUCUUCUAUGUAGGUGGUGAACCUGCAGUCCGAGUUGUCCUACUUGCAAGCCCAUCUAGCGACGCUGGAGCUGCCGCCGCCGCCGCCGCUGCAGCCUCCGCUGCCGCUGGCCACUGCUCCGCCGCCUCAUUUCUCCAUGUCGGACCUCCCAUCUGCCUCGACUCUCACCCCCGCCAUCGAUCUAGGGGCCCUCUUCGAUCCCCUGGUAAACCUCCCGUGGUCCUUUCAGCAGCAGCAGCAGCAGCAACAGCAGCAACAGCAGCAACAGCGCCAGAUGGAGCUUCGGCAGCCUGGAACUAGCGGCAGCAGGGCCCUCACAGAGAACGCAGCUUCAGGUGGGGGCGACCUCCAGGCGCUGGCUAGGGAGUUCAUUGAGAGACACAGGUCAGUCACCAAGGAACCUCUUCCUCCCAUCUCCAAGUGA